GAGCUUUGCAAGUUCCUACCGAUCAUAGUGUUCAGAACGCGAUCCCGAGAGUGCCACCUGAUUGGUUGACUCUGGAGGCGGGUACCGGACCUUUUUGAAGCCUGGAGCGCUUCCGGAAGCACGAAGCAGGAAGUCCUCAGCGCUUCUCCCGAGUGCUGCCGAGAAGGUGCUGUCAGCUCAGGUGCUGCUGACCGGACAGUGGCGGGUCUUUCUGGCCGCAGCCGGGGCCGUCUCUCCACAGCAUCACGGCUCGGUCUUCUGUUCCCGAGCCGGGCGCGGCCGCCCCCGGAGCUUCUGCCGGCUCCUUGACCCCGCUUUCCGGGGCACCCACCUGGGGGCAUCGCCUGGGCCUCCAGCCGGGGGGACUGGCUCCCGGCUCCAGAGAGGGGCGCCCCGCUCAGCCGGCGCCCUGUCCCCCUCCCUGAGCCCUGGGGAUCCCGGUCCAGAGCGUCAGCCUGGGACCUGGGACUCGACGCCUCCAAGACGCUCAGCCCCGACCCCCUCGCGACGGGGCUCUGCAUCGUGCCCGCCAUGUCGCCCACCGUGUCGCACAAGGACAGCAGCCGGCAGCGGCGGCCGGGGACCUUCAGUCACUCCCUGGACAUGAAGAGCGGGUCUGCGCCGCAGGGCGGCUGGGAAGACAGCCCCCCGGACCUGGUGGGAAGGGAAGAGGACAAAGAAGCCCUCCUGCCCGCCGCCGGCUCGGGAGGCGACUUGCCCCGACGCGCUCGGAGCUACCGGGCCGAGCUGAGCAGCAUCUUGCUGUUGCUCUUCCUCUACGUGCUGCAGGGCAUCCCUCUGGGCCUGGCGGGCAGCAUCCCGCUCAUUCUGCAGAGCAAAAACGUGAGCUAUACCGACCAGGCCUUCUUCAGUUUCGUCUUCUGGCCCUUCAGCCUCAAACUGCUCUGGGCCCCGCUGGUGGACGCCGUCUACUUGAGGAGCUUCGGUCGCCGCAAAUCGUGGCUCGUCCCGACCCAGUACAUCCUGGGGCUCUUCAUGAUCUACUUGUCCACGCAGGUGGACCGUUUGCUCGGGAAUCCCGAGGGCGGGACCCCCGACGUGGUGGCCCUGACCGUCACCUUCUUUUUGUUUGAGUUUCUGGCCGCCACGCAGGACAUCGCGGUGGACGGCUGGGCCUUGACGAUGUUGUCCCGCGAAAACGUGGGUUACGCUUCCACCUGCAACUCGGUGGGCCAGACAGCCGGCUACUUUUUGGGCAACGUUUUGUUUUUGGCCCUCGAGUCUGCAGACUUCUGUAACAAGUAUUUGCGGCUUCAGCCUCAGCCCAGGGGGAUCGUGACUCUCUCAGAUUUCCUUUUUUUCUGGGGAACUGUAUUUUUAAUAACAACAACAUUAGUUGCCCUUCUGAAGAAAGAAAACAAGGAGUCAUCUGCAGUAAAAGAAGAAACCAAAGGAAUCACAGAUACUUACAAGCUGCUUUUUGCAAUUAUAAAAAUGCCAGCAGUUCUGACAUUUUGCCUUUUGAUUCUAACUGCAAAGAUUGGCUUUUCAGCAGCUGAUGCAGUAACAGGACUGAAAUUGGUAGAAGAGGGGGUACCUAAAGAGCAUUUAGCCUUAUUGGCAGUUCCAAUGGUUCCUCUGCAGAUAAUCUUGCCUCUGAUUAUCAGCAAAUACACUGCAGGUCCCCAGCCACUGAACAUAUUUUACAAAGCCAUGCCCUACAGAUUAUUGCUUGGAUUAGAAUAUGCACUACUGGUUUGGUGGACUCCAAAAGUAGAACAUCAAGGGGGAUUCCCUAUUUAUUACUACAUUGUAGUACUGCUGAGUUAUGCAUUGCAUCAGGUAACAUUGUACAGUAUGUAUGUUUCCAUAAUGGCUUUCAAUGCAAAAGUAAGCGACCCACUUAUUGGGGGGACAUAUAUGACACUUUUAAAUACUGUGUCCAAUCUGGGAGGAAACUGGCCGUCUACAGUAGCCCUUUGGUUGGUAGAUCCCCUCACAGUGAAAGAGUGUGUGGGAGCAUCAAACCAGAAUUGCCGGACACCUGAAGCUGUUGAGCUUUGCAAAAAACUUGGUGGCUCGUGUGUUACAGCUCUGGAUGGUUACUAUGUGGAGUCCAUUAUUUGUGUUUUGAUUGGAUUUGGUUGGUGGUUCUUUCUUGGCCCAAAAUUUAAAAAGUUACAGGAUGAAGGACCAUCUUCAUGGAAGUGCAAAAGAAGCAAUUAGUUCAUUCACUACUGAACAUUCUAGAAAGGUAACUAUAGUUUAGUUUUAAUUCAGACCGCUAUGAUAAUCAGAGCACUGAAGCUUGAAAUAUUAAGAAAAUUAUUAAUAUAAAAUGCCAAAUGGUUGGAAAUAGAGACUUCUGUAUAUUUUAUUAUAUUUUUUUCCUUGCAUUUCUGUGUAUUUAAAGUUUACUUAAGGCCAGGGAGUUGUUUCUGUAGCAACUUUUCUGACCUUGUUAUUUGAUUUGUAUUUUUUUAAAUUUACUGACCAGAGCAUGUUUUAAAAUGCAGUGCAGUAGUCAUGGUUGGUACCAUGCAGUCAAGUAUUGUUAUCAGUACUUACAAUUGAGCUGUAUUUAAAAUCUUGGUAAAAUAUAUUAAAUGGAAUAGAACUUGAUACUCAGGUACUAACUACAACUGAUCUGACCCUGUUGGCAGUAAAAUAUUAUUUCGAAUUUCAGAUUGGUCCAGUUCUAUGUGGAAUUUGCUGAGAAGAGAUUAUGAAUUACUGAAAUUUCAUUUCAGUUAUUUUCCUGACCAUAACCACACUAUACUAAUGAAUCUGUGUUACAAAUACUAUUUUAAAUAUAUUUCCGGCUUUUGUAAGCGUUAAAGAUUUAUAAGAAGAUUAUUCAAACUAUUUUUUUAUAAAAUGAAAGCUACCAUUUUUAAUUUAUUGAUUCUCUGCCCUUCCCUCUUCCCCUCCCCCUUUGGAAGAUGAUUUCUCUCCUUGUUGACAUAUACCCUAAAGCUUACAUAUGUUUUUGUCAUAAGUGCUUCAUGGCACAUGAACAAGUCAUGAGGGGAUCAAAUUUAGUGUUCUGUGUAUGUUCAUAGCAAUGUUUUGAAAUAAAGAUUAAAGAUUUUUCCUCAAGUAGUUUUUUUUAUUGUUAAAAAGAAAAAAAAACACUAAGGCUAUCCAAUUCAGUACAAUUUAAGUGAGUAGUGAUAGUGUAAUUUUAAAAAUUAAUGUUUUAAAGAGAGAGCGACAAAGAGUAGUCUGGGAGGUGGCGCAGUGGAUAAAGCAUUGGACUCUCAAGCAUGGGGUCCUGAGUUCAGUCCCCAGCAGCAGAAGUACCAGAGUGAUAUCUGGCUCUUCUAUCUUUCUCAUUAAUAAAAAAAUAAAUAUUAAAAAAAAAUAAAGAGAGACAAAGACAUUUUGUGCCUUUGACUAAUUAAAUUAUGUGGUGGAAGAAUGUUUCUUAAGCACUUUACUAGUGAGAAAAGAUCUCACAACUACUUUAUAGCCAAACCAGGUACUGUAUUUCCACUUAUUAAUCAGCCUUCUAUUUGUAAAAUAUAGUUCCCAGUGGAAAAUUGCUAUCCCAGAAGAAUUAAGCUUUUGAAUACCUCAGCAAUUUCUAUCAUAUUAUGUAUACCUGGUAAUAGGUUCUUUGCAUAUUUUGUGUUGUAUAUUACUCUGACUCUAGAGAUUAUUAAGAGAUCCUUCAAAUAUUAGGGGGAAAAAAGAUUGAGUCAAUUUUUUAAUAAGUUUAUCUUCCUGAGAGAAUACAUUCUAACUCAUGAUUUUAAUUUUGUAACAUAGGUUGGAUUUUAGAGUGGGGCUUUUGAUAAGUAAUGGAGAAUAAAAUGGGUGGGAGAAAAUGGUACACAUCAAUUGAAGAAAGAAGCACACGCCUUGCUAUUGGAAAGCCUGUGUGGGCAUCAGUGUCAAAUCCUGAAGAACUGCCUAGCAAAUCAUCCCAGAAAGAAGGCGCUACACUAAACCAUGAUGGCAGGAUUUUGUCACAUGGGUUGAGCAUUUUCAUGUAUUAUAAUCAAAAUGUUUACUUGAAUAAAGAAAAAAAAUAACUCUUAUAUGUGAAA